GUGGAUUAUUAUUGCUCUGCAUCGCGCUCUAGCCAUAAGGGAAGCAGCCGAGGAGAAUCGGAAGAAACCGAAGCCCAGACCCGAAAAGAGCUGACGUGAGGAACCACAGCGACUGGUUGGGGUGAUGACGGUGCCCUCGGCCCAUGAGUUUCACUGGCAGAGCCUGGCGUGUCUUUCCAGUGCCCGUGUCUAUCACUCGUUGGCUGAUGUCGGGGGGCAGCUGUAUAUGGUGGGGGGUUGUGAUGCUUCGGGUCGACCCACCAGCGCUCUCGAGCUCUACUCCCCUGAGGUGGACCGCUGGCUCAGUCUCGCUCAGAUGCCCACGCCGAGAGCCGGGGCGGCUGUGGCUGUCUUAGGUAAGCAGCUGCUGGUGGUCGGGGGAAUGGGGAAGGACCAGCGCCCCCUGAAGGCCGUGGAGGUGUAUAACACAGACGAAGGCAAAUGGAGGAAGAGGUGCUCACUCAGAGAGGCGUCCAUGGGGCUUUCUGUCACUGUUAAAGACGGCAGAGCUCUUGCUGUUGGGGGAAUGGGAGCAGACCUCCUGCCUAGAAGUAUUCUCCAGCAGUACGACCUUCGCAAGGACGUGUGGGCGCUCCUUCCUCCCAUACCCACCCCACGCUAUGAUACCAGCGUCUGCCUACUGGGCUCCAAGAUCUACGUGGCAGGAGGACGUCAGUGUAAGCGUUUGGUGAAGGCGUUUGAGGUCUUCGACAUGGAAAGCCGUACCUGGUCCUCUCUACCCAGUCUGCCUUGUAAGAGAUCUUAUUCUGGUGUCUUAUGGGACAGCGCCGGGCGUCUCUGCUGGUUGGGUGGGCUCAGACAAGGAGGACUACACCAAAGUUCAAAGUUCACCAAGAAUGUUAACAUCUUUGACACCAACCAAGGAACUUGGUUGAAAUCAGAGGACACCGUACCCUUGAAAACCAAGCGAGCAGACUUUGCCGCAGCCAUAGUGCGAGGCAGAAUGAUCGUGGCAGGAGGCCUAGGCCAUCAGCCAUCAGUGCUGGACACCGUUGAAGCCUUCCAUCCUGAAAAAAGAAAAUGGGAGAGGCUGUCACCCAUGUCAACACCACGUUGCUCUGCCUCCAGCAUUGUGAUCCGUGAUCGCCUACUGGUAGUAGGAGGUGUCAAUCAAGUCCCAAGCUCCGCCCAUGAGAUUCUAUAUGUAAAAGAGGAGGAGAUUCUUUAACCAUAGAACUUUAGGUUUACACAUCAGAAAAAGUUGCCUUCAAUGAUCAAGUAAAACACAAAUUUUCACACUAAAUGUAUGGUGACGUUUACCGUCGCUUGGUGAAAUUUUGCAUCAAAAUCCAGUCUGCGCAUUUGGGAGUUUCACAUGAAUUCCGUUUUCACUCAUGUUCAAUUUGGUCUUGCAAAUCCGCCAUGCAGAGCAAUAGAAAUCUGCUAACUUCUGUGUGAGCUGUGCUUCUUACAUAUCUACGCUAUUGACCUAUUUUGCGAGUUGGGAUUUUUCGCAAAAAAUUUGAACACAGAUUUUGCUCGUUCGAAUUGGUCACACGAAUUUGCCAAACUAACCUACAGAAAACUGCUGGGCUCAUGUAGCGAAUUUUCAUAACCAACUUAAAUGCUAGAGAAAACUACGUGAGGAAGUUUAUCGUAACCAAGCAGCUUACUAUUGGUCAGAUCGGCGUAUUCACAUGACCGAAUUCUCUGCACUGGGAACUUUUUUGCCCUCAUGUGAAAUUCCCAAUCAUGUGGAAUAGAUUUCGCCCGCAAAAUUUUGCUAAUGUGACUGCACCUUACAGCCUGAAAUAUACUCUACUCAAAUACGCAAAUGUUAAUCUUGCAAUGCACUGCAAAUGCAAUAGGUGAGGGUAUAGAUUUUCCUUCAAACAUUUGUCUUAAACAGAAUUCAGGUAGCUAGCUACAAACAUGUCAACAGUUUAAAUGUAAAAUGUCAUUUUUUGCUGGCCCUAGCACAUGAUUCUCUUCAAACUGUUGCUCCGCCAUGACAGUAGUUUAGCUGAAACAGAAAAAUGACUGUAGAAGACGAUGUUUACACUGAUGCCUACUAUAGCGCCCCUUGUGGCAAUGCUGACAUAUUUCAUAUGACAAUGCAUGAAAUCAAACUAGAUUUGGUGUUUAUGUACUUAUGUAGAGUAUGUUUUGGGCUUAUUAUCAGCACAACAAGGUUCUUGAAUGCUAGACUGUUCAAACAAAUAAUCUGCACUAUGUGACAAGGAAUAACUAAAGCACAUUGUAGGGAACAAUGUGUAUUUUAGUUCCACAAAGCUCGCCGUUAAUUCCAUUAUUACAAAUUGCACAGCAACGACAAUCUGCCUUUUAAAGCCAACAGCACCAAACACCCACUGAAUGAUCUAAGCCAACAACAUAUGCACAAACACACCUUCAGAGACACAAUAAAUCAGUGUUUGAAAUAGAAACAGAUUUAGCAGUCUCCCUAUAACAGUGUCUUGAGAUAUUUUUAGGGUAUUUACAGGGUUGCUAAUUAAUCUACUGCUAUUUUUAGCAUGAUCAUUUAGUAAUACAGCAGAGGUCUUAUUAAUAAAGUGAAGUGUUAACUUUAGGAUAUUAUUUGUGCAUACCUCACUGCAUUAGUUGUUUAGGAGGUGUUAUGUGAACAUAUUUUGGUGGUUUGUAUGAUGAAUAUUGUUGGUUAUUUUUCAAUCAUUCUGGUCAGUUUCAUCCUUGUCAAAGGUAACUUGCACUGCUGUAGCACAUACAUGCAAUCCUUUUUCUAAAUAUUUACAGGGUCUUGAGCAAUUUACGGUAGCAUCAAGUACUUUGUCUUUAAAAACCCCUUGAAAUCAAAAAUAGGUCGUUUUGUAACCUAAAUAAAUUGAUAAAAAAGACGAACCUUUCCAAACGUCCUGCCCCAACAGGACCAAAAACUCCAGUCUAUUUAGGAUUUCAUGGGGUUUUUAAUACUAUACUAAUAAGAUAUUGAGUGUGUUUGCAUGCAUAACAAUCCCGGCAAUGCAAGACAUGUUUACAUGAGUUUUGAAAUGAUUGGUUGGCAUGCAGUAUGCACACACUAAAUAAACCACCAGGAUUGUGGCUUAAACAGUUUAUGACCUUCAACUGAUAAAAGAAAACCAUUUGUGUGUUUACAUGACCUUACAUGCUGCUGGGUUAUUAAGCAUAAUCAGUGUAAGACUGUGCAAGUAAACACACUCAUUGUCAGUACAAGGUUCAGAGAUGCAGUAUUUUGAAUAGAAAUAAAGUUGAAAAGCCUUUAGGGAAGUCAUCAUAGCCGUGGCCAAUAUCAUUAAAUGAUGUUUACUUUUUUCUAUUAUGAUGUUUUCACUUAGCCAUUUGCUCUCAUUUUGUUAGAAUAAUGUGUCUUGAAUGCACAUAGCAAUAAAAUGAAGCACUGUAAUAUAUGGUUUUCUACAAUGCUUGUACAUUUGUGGUUUUGCCAUUAAAUGAACUUUGUC